AUGAGUGUCUACCAACAGACUGGAUUCGGUCCUGACCACCAAAGAGACAGACACCGCUUGGCAGUCACACUUCAGUUCCUCGUAGCCAUACCUCCUUUUGACCUGGGAGAGCGAACGGAAGCGGACAAGAGAGAUAUCCGCUGGCCUGAAGAUGCCAUCCAAGAGGGACGGCCAUUCCAAGUUGGCGGCUACGGGGCGGACAUCAUCACACAGGGCAUGAUUGCGCGAAGUAUCGCUAAUGCCGCGGUACCCGGGGAGUACGUAUACCUGGACAUUCCCAUGACUUCCGAGGAAGAUGCUCACCUGCUGGAGGAAUAUACCGACGCCGCAGGCAUAUGGGGCACGGACAGUAGAACUCGCUUAUAUUGGUACGACCAUGAGGGACCCAAGAGUGGAUUUUUGGAAGGAGAGCUGCCCUGUGAAUGGCGCGUCAAGGUGUCUGAUGAAUUCUCGAAACGAUUCAACGAGGAUGAGGAGGGCAGUAAGAAUCGAACUGGCCCCUGGCGCUGGACACCCGUGGAAGUGCGGACACCCUACUACCCAGCAAGGGAGAUUGACAAGCUCCAGUUGUGUCUGGCAUGGAUGACAACGGAGAUUCGGAACGACUUCCGAGUCUGUUUCGGAAACUCGUGCUACACCAUCUUCAGCCUACUAGAGGAAAGGCGCGGGAUACCACUGCAGUGGCCCAUCUUGCACAGGAUCGUCAGCGGGAUGUAUCUGAUGGAACAGGCCAUGUUAUCCUUUAUCCAUCCUUCGCGCAAGCAGCACGACUCUCCGUUCCCUCCGCUGUUUAGGAAUUCUAGGCUGGCUCUAAAUCCUGACGAGUUGCGGGUGGGACACAUAAUCGAGCACAUUGAUUGGCUUCCAUACCUGCAAAGCAUACCUCUGCCCACUCAUCGAGACUAUAAGUUGAUUCAGGCCCUCCAUAUCAUUGCAGCUCACUGGGGGAAUUACUGGCUAGGUUAUCUACUGAGCGGUGAGGAUGAGACUCCAUCGGCUAUUUAUCGAAACGAGUGCGGACAGUUUUGUAUCCAAUAUCUCGAAGGUACGUUCGAUGUUCCUACCCUCCAGCUAUGGGUGGGCGUUAUAAUGAAGAUCAUGGUGUGUGCGGGAGAUGCAGAAAAGUUUGCAAGGUUUCUGCGUAGGGUAUUGUAUGCUGAGCGUGCGUUCCACCCCAGCAACAUGGCAUCAGUUGACGCUCUGUUCCAUCAUUUCAAGACGAACGACUGCGAUGUCUACCUCCCCGAGCUCUGGCGCCCGGCGAAAGUGCAUACUAUGCGCGGCCCAAUUGACCAAGAGGGCAUUUUGGAGACAGCUGAGGCAGUUGGACCGCCCGCAUCCUCGGCAGAGCCGGGAAUAUGGGAAGGUUUGCUUCGGACAGCAAGAGAUUCGGGGCCAUCAGUCGACACUGACGUCAUAAUGGAUCGGACAACUUUGAUUUCGUGGGACAGGCCACCUAUAAAUAACAUGGAUUUCAUUAUACUGUUUGUUAUACCCAACUAUGAAGAAGAAGAAGAAGAAGAAGAAGACAAGAAGAAGCUCGAGCUUCUGAUGCGCCUGUCUAUUAGUGCACUUAUGCGCCGACCCAAUGGUAUGUACCCCUUUGCUCCAAAGUGA